ACACUGUCAGCCGCUUCCAGAUUGCAGAUUUUAAUCUUUAUUAUUAAUAUUGGGUGUUCAAAAUCUUAAGUAACACAAUGGCCCCAAUGCUGAGAAGCGUCCUCUUUCGGCCGGAAACCCGGCUGCUGACCGUGCGAUGCCUUAGCAACAAAAACACAGCAUCAUCGGGAUCUGAAGCUGGAGCCGGAAACCCCCUGCGUCCACGUGCCAACGCCCUGACCGAUGAAAUAAUACGCGUGGAUCAUGCCGGAGAACUGGGCGCCGAUCGCAUCUACGCCGGCCAAAUGGCUAUACUGGGUAACGGGCCCUUGGGCAAGACCAUUGGGCAUAUGUGGGAGCAGGAGAAGUGCCAUCGUGCCCAAUUCGAGCAGCUCAUCCAGCAGCAUCGAGUUCGUCCCACAGUCAUGACGCCCAUCUGGAAUGUGGCCGGGUUUGUUCUGGGCGCCGGUACCGCUUUAAUGGGCGAGAAGGCGGCAAUGGCCUGCACCGUGGCAGUGGAGACGGUGAUUGUGGAGCACUACAAUGAUCAGCUGCGUCAGAUUAUGGAAUCACCAAAUCCCGACAAGGAACUGCUGGAGACAAUCACAAAGUUUCGGGACGAGGAGCAGGAGCACCACGACACCGGCAUCGAUUGCGGGGCGGAGCAAGCGCCCUUCUAUCAGGCAAUGACUGAGGUCAUCAAAUUCGGCUGCAAAACGGCCAUUGCUAUAUCGAAGAAGAUCUAGAUAUACACUUUUCAACUUUUUGUAAAUAUUGUGCACAGAAUUAGGACCCAAAGUUAUCUGUCUGUCAAUCCUCUACCCACGCCCCACGCUAAGCAUUAAAGAUAGACUGACUGAAUCGUUAAACUA